GCAUAUUUUUAACUAUCUGACAUUAUUUUCCCCCAACUUAUAUUCUUAACCAGACAUUUUUCCCUUAGAAAGGGUUCGCGAGAGAAUUAGUCAUCUGCAAUUUUCUUUUCAUUCAGGCUUGUAUAAUUGCCAUGGAUCCCUUCAGAGGACAAGGAGGCAUUCAAAUGCUGCUGACUGCAGAACAGGAAGCUCAAAGCAUAGUUGCCAGUGCUAAAAGCUUGAAGAUGGGAAGGUUGAAGCAAGCUAAAGAUGAGGCUGAUCGGGAAGCAACACUUUAUCGUUCCCAUAUGGAAGCUGAAUACCAAAAGACAAUUUCUGAGACAAGUGGGAGUUCUGGAUCCAAUGCAAAACGACUUGAAGAGGAAACUGAUUUGAAGAUUCAAAACUUGAAGAAGUCAGCUGCAAGGGUCUCAUCAGAUAUAGUUGGCAUGCUAAUCAAGUAUGCCACAACUGUGCCAACUUAAUCCAUGAAGGUUAUAUAUAACUAAUUUCAAUUGUCUGGACUAUAUAAUUCCUCCAUAUUCUUCUUCUCGCCCUCCCCCUAAUUUAUUAUUUUUUAAU